UCCCCUCCUAUCUCACUUUUUUGCCUGGUUAGCAGAUCCGGGCUAUCCGGGUCUGUAGCAGCUGCGUUGGGAGGCCCCCUGGUUUCCCAGAUGACAUGGGCUGCUUGGGUAAACUCUCUCCAACCCAAGCAGCUCAUAUCAUGUGAAUGGACUCACUAUGUUGUUUAGCAUUUAUUGCAUGUUUAUUCAACCUUCUUGUAGACCUGGGCGCUUUCCAGACUAGUUGCUCAACAGCAGCAAAAUGCCUCCAUUCAGGCAAGUCGCAUUUGAAAUGUAAACAACAGGGGGAGCAGUCUCGCGGAAACCCGAAAAAACAGCAACUUUCUUAUGCCAGAUAUAUGAGGUACUAGCUCUAUAUCGCAGCAAUUAAAUUCAAAACAAGGCAUUGGAAAUCUGAAUGGCACCCUGCUGUCCGUGGAGAGAUUGCGGUGUCCCAACUCAGGAAGUGUGGAAGCACACUUCUGAGAGCCCAUUGCAGGGUCUAAUCUGGAAAGUGCCCUGGCUCAGACACGUGGUUUAUGGCAGCAUCAUUCAGUUCUGAGGCAGUAAGAUGCAUGCAGGCCCCCUCCUUUUUCCAUGGAAUUUUUCUGGAGAUGAGAACUUGCUAUAUCAGUGCUUCCUGUUCCUAAUGACAAACUUGAGUGCAUGUGUCCUCACUUGUGACUCUGUUGACUUCACAGUGGGUGUUGUGCCUGAAUUGAGUGCAAAAUGAACGGUUGCUGUUGAGAAGGGUUGCCAAGGGAGCUGCCUCAACAGCUUUCAUUAGCCUCGUGUAGCAACUCCAUUCCCAUCAGGUUCAAAAAAGAAAUGGCUGUUGAUCAUACCAAGUUAAAAGCAACGCCUUAGGCAACCUCCGACAUUGUUAAUUCUUUUUCUUUUGCAGAAAAGUACAGGGUUAGACAAUUCUGUUUGGUUUUACAAGUCUGCAGGUUGCCAGGGCAUUACGUUAGGUACAUUCCGGGUCAACCCAGUGAUUACCGGGACGGAAAAGAUGGGUUUAUGCCAGGCAUACCAAACUGAUUAAUUCAGCCCAAUGAUGUGUGAUCUCCAGUGGCCAAACCCAGCUCUUGAACGAGAUAAAAGGGGGCAAUCUGGAAGCUUUCAGGAGAAUCCUUUCACUUUUGUGGUCCAGGAAUCUCAUCUCAUCUCUUUCUCUUUCUCCCUGGUUGUGCACAGAAACAAUGGCUCAGAAAUCAGUCCGAGUCACUAAGAAUUUUAGCACAUCUUCGGCCGUUCUCCCAGGCAGCCGAAGUAGCUUUAGCACCGUUUCAGUAUCCCGGGGAGGCAGUGCAGGCUUUGGACGUGUUGGUGGUGGCUUUGGCAGCAGAAGCCUCCAUGGUUUUGGAGGGAGUAAAAGAAUUUCCAUGGGUGGCUAUCGUACUGCCAGAUCUGGAUAUGGCUAUGGGUUAGGCCAUGGUGGAGUUGGGUAUAGGGUUGUGGGUGGUGGAGGGUAUGGAGGCCUUGGUGGCUAUGGAGCUGGAGCUGGUGGCAUCCACGAGGUUACUGUCAACCCAAAUCUCCUGGCACCUCUCAACCUGGAGAUUGACCCUACCAUCCAGAGGGUGAGGAAGGAAGAGAAGGAGCAGAUCAAGACACUCAACAACAAAUUUGCUUCCUUCAUUGACAAGGUCCGUUUCCUGGAGCAACAGAACAAGGUGCUAGAAACGAAAUGGAGCCUCUUGCAGCAGCAAAAAACCACCCAGUAUCACAUUGAGCCCUUGUUUGAGGCCUACAUCAAUAAUCUAAGGAGGCAGCUGGAUAAUCUUGGACAAGAGAGGCUACGGAUAGACUCAGAACUGAAGAAUAUGCAAGAUGCUAUGGAGGACUUCAGGAUCAGGUAUGAAGAAGAAAUCAGCAAGCGCACAGCUGCAGAGAAUGAAUUUGUGGUGCUGAAGAAGGAUGUGGAUGCUGCUUAUAUGAACAAGGUUGAGCUGGAGACCAAGACAGAUGCUCUGAUUGAUGAGAUCAACUUUCUGAAAAGUCUCUAUGAAGCUGAACUAGCCCAGUUACAGGCACAAAUUUCCGACACCUCUGUUGUUCUCCAAAUGGACAACAGCCGAAACCUGGACCUGGACAGCAUCAUUGCUGAGGUCAAAGCUCAGUAUGAGGACAUUGCCAAUAGGAGCAGGGCUGAGGCAGAAUCCUGGUAUCAAAGCAAGUAUGAAGAGUUGCAGCUCUCAGCCGGUAGACACGGAGAUGACCUGCGCAAUACGAGAAUCGAGAUCUCCGAGAUGAACCGCAUGAUCCAGAGACUCCACUCGGAAAUUGACAAUGUGAAAAAGCAGUGUGCCAAUCUGCAGACUGCCAUUGCUGAUGCUGAGCAGCGAGGCGAACUUGCUCUUAAAGAUGCCAGGAUAAAGCUGGCGGAACUGGAGGAGGCUCUGAACAAGGCCAAGGCCGACAUGGCCCGCCAGCUACGGGAGUACCAGGAGCUGAUGAAUGUCAAGCUGGCCCUGGAUAUCGAGAUCGCCACCUACAGGAAGCUGCUGGAAGGAGAAGAGAGCAGGCUGGCUGGAGAGGGCGUUGGUGCAGUAAACAUCUCUGUGGUCCAUUCAUCUGGAGGCACAAGCUACGGUGGUGGAAGCAGCAUUGGCCUGGGGGCAGGUCUGGGCCUGGCAGGUGGAGCAGGCCUUGGUUAUGGAGGAGGCCUCAGUGUUGGAGGCCUCAGUGCUGGAGGAAGCAGCUUCAGCUCUACCAGUGGGAGGGGGCUAGUAGGAAGUACUGGUUCAGCCAGGGCGGGCUCAUCCAGUAUGAAAAUUGUAUCAAAAACCUCUACGACUAGGAAGAGCUACCAGAGUUAAAAGCUAAGUCAAAUCAGGGCUGCCUUCAGGGGCAAACUCGAUGUGACAGUGAUGGACCCAUGUGUAAGACUUGCAUCAUCACCAAAUGCUGUAAAGUGUGGAAGUGGGGGGACAAUUUAAAACACUACCUGGACAGACAAACCAGAGGCUGCUGAACCUAUCCUCUGCGGAUGCUUUUCUCCCUGAAACUUCUCCUCAGCCAUUUUUCCUCUGGUGGGAAUAGAAACCAGAAGCAACUCCUGUCAGGAGAAAGCCAGAGAAGCAGAUUCAGGGGAGAAAGGUGGACAAAGAAGGGCUCAGCACCCACACACCUGGCCUGUCCAUGCUUUGCUUUAACCCCUCCUCUUGCUUUACAGAAAUUUGGCACAACCUGCACUCUAACACAGGUGUCAUGCCACUGAAGUCCAGCUUGCCUCUCACCCUUACCUUCCUGCAGAUACCACAAGUCUCUUCAAAAGUGAUUCUCAUUAUCUCCAUGCACUCCUGAACAUUCUGUAUGAAUCUAAUAUUGUAUGGCAGCCAAGAUGGUUCAGUGGGAGCAGAGUUGGAUUUAGACCCGAGUCUAAAGCAGGGAUUCUCAACAUUGGGUCCCCAGAUGUUAUUGGACUUCAACUCCCAUAAUUCCCAACCAAAGGCCACUGGGACUGGGGAUUAUGGGAGUUGAAGUCCAAUAACAUCUGGGGACCCAACGUUGAGAAUCCUUGGUCUAAAGCUCUCCAAGUUCUCAUGCAGCCACUGGAUUACCUUGGGUCCGUUCCCCUAGCUGUAAAAUUGAAGCAAUUCUAAUUGACCUUGCAAGGAUGUUAUUGGGCUCAGUGAGACAAGCAAUAUAAGUAUGGGUUGUAGAAAUAAUGAUCAACAAUAUCAUAUAAUUGACCUUUCAACAGACCUGUAAUGUCUAUAUCCGUUGAAUGCUGGACACUUUCAAUUCACAGUGAUGUCAGGGAGCCAGCUUCAUUCAUAAAUGGUUCUAGUUGCAUGCAAGCACAACUGUAGCUCAGGGGGAUAAUCCCAUGUGCAUUUGUCUGGCUCCCCCGAUUAAUUCAUGAAUUACCAACUCUGUUCUCCGAUGCUCUUAAUUCAUAGCUAUGUCAAGAGUGUUAGGCGGAUGUAAUACAUUCAGACAUUACAUUGGGGAGUACAUGCAAACACACUGGAGGUUCAUCUUUAAUAAGAAGCAGGCCUUCAACUCUCCCCAGACAGAGGAACCAUCAGGCUGCCUCCUGAUGGCAGCCCAUUCACAAUCCAGGAGAAAAACACCAAGACACCUUCUUUAGAAAGCUUGAUUAGUCAUGUUCCCAUUAGGCGAGAAAAGAAAACAGUGAGGUUUUUCACAUGACCAGUAACAAUGGCACGGAGGGAGGGCUGGUGUGGAGGCAGGCUGGUGGAGACGCAGCCUCCUGCCUGCCGUCGCGCACACAAUCACUUUUAUUUCCACGGCUCAUCCACUUGCAGGGCACACAAGCCGAGUUGCAUCGAGGGGCAGAGCAAGGAGUCGGAGGAGGAAGUCCUCCAGCAUCUCUCAAUGCACUGUGCUAGGAUCAGUGCAUGGAGGGAUUAUCCCUCAGCCGGGCACUCUCACAACUCAGCUCUUUGUGUACACAGGCUGCCUGCAGCCUGCACAAACACAACUAGGUACCUGGGUAGAAAGGGCAUGAUCGCGCCCUUCUACCGGGGUAAUAGCCUGGGGGGAAUUCCUCCUCUGUGGGGCAGCACCGGGAUCAGCCUCGAUCCUUGCCCUUCCCAUGAGCAGCCCUACCCCGGUAGGGCAGCACAAGCCCAGGUACAGCUGCUCAUGUGAAUAGCCUUAGUUUCUUGGGCCAGGGAGUUCAUUAUCCUGAGCAAAUGAGCCACUUUUUGUAUUCCAAAUAAACUGCAGCACCAACCCCAGCAAACAUCAGCAGCAGCUUCUGAGAAUUUCAGAGAAAGAGACCUUCACUGUUAAUCAGUUCAAGGGGCUGCUUUUCAGCACACACAAUCUUUGCAGGUCACUCAACACACUCGGGUUGCCCUGAGAAGCCCAUGUAGUGGACCAGGGCAUUUACAGUAGCAGCACAACCCGUACAGGGGAAAAGAUAUGCACAACCCUGCACAACGUAGUGCUUUCCUUGUAGAAUACUUUCCCCACACUUCCAGUUUUGGACUAAAGUGUGCUGCAGAAGGCUAACUGGACGUGUCUGUAAUAUGUACUCCAUACACAUACUAAGCUCUCCUGCCCACAUGCAGCUCUCUGUAUAUGUAUCCCUUGGCCACACAGAGUUGUCUGUUCCACUGAAGCAAAUGGGGAAGUAACUCCGCGAGCACUGCUGACCUCAUGUCUGCAAAAAUGACUGAACUGGUUAUUUAUAGAAAGGCAAUUCAAGUCUUAAAUGUUAAGAUUUGGUCAGUUGCAGAAGCUACAUUUACAACUUGAUAUCCCAACUGAGAUAUCUCAGUUGUAUGUAUAUGUGUAUGAGAAACUUCAGUUUUCUUCUAGGAAAAUGAACUGGAUUUCUUCAUGCAUUUCCUCACUGCACUGAUACCAUUAUGCAGAUCUCUGCCCUUUGUGUUGUUCUGCCUGCCUGCCAACUUUUUUCCACAGGUGUGAAGAACAUGCAUACUGCAGCCAUCAGGUGGUGCUCUACAUAGUUGACUGAGCACCAUCUUUACCAUUUCCCCAUUUACUCUGCUGUUUCCUAAGCAUAUACGAAGUAUGAGAUUAAUGUUCACAUCUUCAGUGAAAUACAGAAUGGAAUUAAAAUGCAUGAAUUACACAGUCAUUAAAAUAGUGAAUAUUGGGCAGAGUCCCACCAAAGAUUAAAAUCAGAGAGUUAAGCAUACAGUAUACUCUCCCAUCAAUUGAGAUUUGAUCUGGACCUGUCUUGUUACCACCAACAUAGCUACUAUCAGCUUCAGGAGGUGGGAUUUAAAGGGCAAUGGUGUGGGGGGAAAGUGUUAAGCGCCACCCCCACCCCAGUGUUGCAACCCUAAUUCAGUCCCCCCCCACCACACACACUGUUGCUUUUAAAUCUAAGGCAAAAACAAUGGAACACUGGACACAUUCUGAGUUUUAAAAAUGAAAAUCUCUGGGACUCAGGAAACAAAAUUCAUUUUAAAAAGUGGAAAAAAAUUGUAAACUAUAGCUUCAAAACAAAAGCAUCAGGAUUAUUUUACAUCCUUAAAAAAAACAAAAAAACCCUACAAAUCUAGAGCUCACACUGACCCUAUCCUAGCCUCCAUACAAGAUGGCACACGAAUUUUACCAGAAUGUUAUGCAAUGAAGUGUAUGGGCAUCGUAACAAACAUUAAGACACGAGAACUAUCUCUUCAUAAUCACCACCUAGCAGAAUCAUAUGUAAUAAGAAAACUGGUCAUUUUAAUGCUUUUGCUCCAAGGUUUUUUUUGUUUGUGUCCUGGUAAGGAAAAGAGAAAUGUGUCUGGCUUGCCAGUCAGACAACCACCGUGCUUGUUAUUUUGUGCUUAUGUUGGAGUCUUUCAGAUUUCAAGUAAUUUCCUUAAUAAAACUGCAGGCAACCUAAA